UCCAUAGGUGUUUAGUACACUCCCUCUUCUCCAAAGUCCUUCCUCACCUAAGUCCCUUUCAUUUCUCAAACCAUUUAAGACUUCAAUUAAUUAAAUUAUAAGCACAUACAUAGUGGGAUGGGAGCAUAGGUUUCUGGUAUAUCUACGGAUGUGUAAGUAACAUUGUUAGAAAAACCGAAAAAUCUAAUUUAUUUCAAUUCAUAAGAAAGGGUGUCCAUUGCCUACAUGAAAAAAAUUGGUUUUUGGUUCUUUGUUUGAUAGUGACACCAAGGAUAGAUAAUCUCCUCACAGUUAGCGUGCCUUUCCAUUUUUCCAAUUUAUCAAUAUUACGAUAAACUAAAAGUCUUUCAGAUCAACUUAAAAGCUGGUUCAUUUUAAUUUAUGAAAACAAUUCUCAUAAGCAGAUAGCCAAGAAUAGAUGCAGAAAAAUUAGGACUUUAUAUAUAUGUCUAGGAGUUCAUCACAUUUGGUGUGCCUCUUCAUUUUCUAUUUCAUCACAAACUCUUCUUCCACCAUGGCUUCCAAAAACCAGCUGCAUCAUCAUUUCACUUGUUUGGCCUUACUAAUCUUCAUAUUGGGUGUAUGUGAAGCCACAUCCCGCGCUGCUGUUGAAGAUUCAUCCAUGUACGAGAGGCAUCAACAAUGGAUGGUCCAGUUUGGACGAGUUUACAAGGACAACAACGACAGGCAAAAGCGUUUCCUGAUUUUCAAACAAAAUGUGGCACGGAUCGACGCUUUCAAUGCUGCCAACAACAAACCGUACAAGCUCGGUGUGAACCUAUUUGCAGAUCUAACCAACCAAGAGUUCACUGCUUCUCGAAAUGGGUUCAAGGGCCAUAUGUGUUCCAACACGGCUACCACUUUCAAAUACGAGAACGCCACCGGAUUGCCUUCUACCGUGGAUUGGAGAAAGAAAGGAGCUGUUACACCUAUCAAGGACCAAGGCCAAUGCGGAUGCUGUUGGGCGUUCUCGGCCGUGGCAGCCAUGGAAGGUGUUACUAAGCUGACAACAGGAAAGUUAAUUUCCUUGUCCGAGCAGGAACUGGUGGACUGUGACACCAAGGGUGAGGAUCAAGGCUGCGAAGGUGGUCUAAUGGACGAUGCAUUCCAAUUCAUCGAGAAGAACAAAGGCCUAACAACCGAAUCCAUUUACCCCUACACGGGAGUUGAUGGCACAUGCAAUACCAACGAAGAAGCCAACCAUGCGGCUAAGAUAAAUGGGUUUGAAGAUGUGCCUGCCAAUAGUGAAGAUGCAUUGCAGAAGGCCGUUGCUAACCAACCUGUUUCUGUUGCCAUCGAUGCCGGGGGGUUCGACUUCCAGUUCUACUCGGGUGGUGUGUUUACGGGAAGUUGUGGCACCGAUCUGGACCACGGAGUGACGGCUGUUGGAUAUGGAGAGGAUGGUGGGACUAAGUAUUGGUUGGUGAAGAACUCUUGGGGCAGUAGCUGGGGUGAAGAAGGCUACAUUAGGAUGCAAAGAGAUGUGGAUGCGAAGGAAGGCCUUUGUGGCAUUGCAAUGCAAGCAUCCUACCCUACUGCAUAGACAUAACUUAAACCAUAGUAGCCUUUUCUAUAAAUUCUCAUAUUAUGAAUUUUAUACAUGCUACUCUACGUGAAUGUACUAUGAACACACACUUUGAGUGGCAUACCCCAAUGUCUAUAUAUAUAAAUGCUACUCCAUAUUAACGAUUUAAACAAGUCACAUACAUAUUUAGGAGAA